GUUCUUCUCGAGCUCAGUCGACUGGUUGGUUCAAGUAAGGAUACAAGCAAUAGUACGAUGAAUCAUACUUAAUUGUAUGUAGCUCCGUCCAGUAGAUCGUAAUUCAAUCAAUUCUACAAUUAAUGGAUGAUACAAAAGUUAUAUAUGCUGGGUAUUUGAAGAAGUCGCCUCCCGAGCGACGCCUUUGGCGAACGUGGCACAAACGGUAUUUUGUACUCAAAUCCAACAAAACCUUAACAUACUAUCCAAAUGAAAAAGACACCAGGCCAGUUAAAGAUCCUGUGGAUUUACGCCAAUGUCUAAGCAUUGAAGCUAACCUUCGGCACAACAACAAAAGCUUUAAAUAUGUUUUUAGUAUCAAUACAACAAACAGGGUAUACUACCUAGUGGCAGAGUCACAAAACGAAAUGGAAAAAUGGGUCAACCUGUUGUGCAAGGAGUGUGGAUUUGAAAAACAAGAUGACAAAUCAUCGCCAGACUUUCUGCUUAAAAAAUCUUCUCCAAAACAAACAAAGAGUCAUGUGCAAACUGUAUAUCCCAGUCCACUGACCCCCUCACCUCCAGCCACCUGUCCUCUCUCUCAAUCCAUGCCAAUGUUGACCAAGUGCAGGGCUGUCAGUGACCCUCCAGAUUCUGCAGAAAUCAUUAAAAGAGCCGAAGAACAAUAUAAGACUGCGACUUUGGAACGGCGGCGAUCUACUGGUGUUCCUUCUAGAGAACACUUGACUCUACCUGUGCGUGGACCAGAUUUAAGUAGAGUGCCUGAAUGUUAUGAUACAGUACCACCACCUAAGCCCACUUAUUCAAGUAGAGACCUAGCUUCUCCCCAAAGACCUCCAAAAAGGAGAGAUUAUAGUGAAGUAGAUGGAGGGUACACUAGUCUGGCACAGCCAUCACCAAGAUCCCCUGUAGAUAGUUAUGACAUUGUACCACCUCGUCGGCGUUCAACCUGUUCCACAGACUAUGAUAUUGUUCCUAAACCACGGCCUGCAUCACAAGCAACUGAUGAUGAAAGUCUCUAUGACAUACCUCCAUUAUUGAGAAAUUCGAAUGUUAGCAACUAUGACUUCGUUCCACCACCUAGACCUGCGAGUGAAAAUGAUCCAAGCCAACUUUAUGACUAUGUUCCCAACCAUAACCCUGAAGAAAUGUAUGAUUCACUUCCUCCUAGACAUAUGAACUGUGAAGAUGAAACAUAUGACGUCCCUCCAAGAGAAGCUUAUGAUAUCGUUCCUCCUCCAAGACCAACAACACAAUUAAUCGAUACAGCUGAUUGUUAUGACACACUGCCCCCAGCAGGUCAAGACAAUGAAAUUUAUGAUACUCCCCCAGCAUUUUCUGCCAGAAAUAAUCAAGAAGUCAGUCAUUCACCUCCACCAAGACCACCCAAACCUUCAGGUAAUGUGCAAGCACAGGAUAUAUAUGAUGUCGUACCUUGUCCACAAAAUUUGGGUCCAGUCACUGAAAAUAGAGACUCUGGUUUAUAUUCAGAUGACGUUUAUGAUGUGCCCCCCAAGCUGAAUACACCUGAUCAAGAAAGUGAUAUAUAUGACAUUCCACCCAAGCCAAGUGACAGUGAUAUAUAUGACAUUUUACCAAGUAGAUCAGAGACUGAUGACAUUUAUGAUGUCCCACCAACACAAGCUGCCUUAUCCCCACCAUCAGUUGACCGAUCCAGCAAACCUCCUUCAGUGGAUCGUAGUAAUAAACCUGAAGACCAUGACUACACGAAUAUGGCACCUCCAGUUAACCGAAAAAUCAAACCACCAGUCUCUAACCAUGAUAUUUGUGGGCAGCAUUCCUAUGUGAACUUACUUCCACCCGUUCAAAGAGCUGGUUCGUUUAGCAAGAAUCAGUCAUUACCAGAAACUUUCGAUGUUCCAAAUAUGCCAAUAAGGAACCAAAAAGAUGUUGAGUAUUAUAACAUGCAACCAUACAGAUCAGAUGAAACAAGGUGUUACAGCUUUUCUAAAGAUAAGGUUCGUAAGAUGAGUGAUAGAGAGGCAUACGAGGAAAUGGAGCCAGUCAAAACAUCCAACCGAGAGUCAGGAGUGCACAGUAAUUCUUCAUCUUCUGAAGAUGGAGAGGAAGACUGCUACAUGGUGAUGUCUUCUCCAGGUCAAAAUGCUAAAUCAUCUCAAAGGUCUGCCAGCCUGCAAUACUGUGAAGUUCAAAUUGUUGAAGGUCAAAGUAAAUGCCAAAUGCCAGUUUCAAAGCGCGGUGCUGACUCCCAUUAUACUACAAUCAACGAGGAAUCUACCAAAGCUUUCCUACAAACAUGCAGACAACAUGAACUAAGCCAAAAGAAAUAGUGUAAAGCAGAAAGAUUAUUUAAACAUGCAGUCGAAGUAGUGAGGAACAAAUAGCUCUGGUUAGACCUUUUUAAUUCAUAUAUUUUAUGGUACAAAGUGAUGAAGGUUUUUGAUGAAUCUCAUUAUCAGGUGCAAUCCUAAAUUAGCAAGGAGAAAGGGUUAAAAUGGGAAAAGGGGUAGAAUGCUAACAAAAAUUGAAAGGAUGAAGAAAAAGCACAUAAAAUAUGGAGAGUUACAUAGCCUUUAAAGGAAAAUCUGUCCUUCCUCCUUCCAGCUAAUUUUUGGCCACUCUGACACUUCAACUUCAGUAUUUAGUCAAGAUUUUCUAUCUUCAUUCCAAGAGUAAUAAGCAUAAGUUUGUUAUUAUUAAUUAGGAAACUGGUUUUGACAUAAGUAAAGUCACAGGCAUAAACAAUAAAGUAGUACAUUACAGAUAAAAACAAAAAUGUAAAUAUCAUCAAUAUUCAAAAUAAUUUUUAAAAGUAGCAUACGAAAUCCUUACAGUCAAAUCAGGUUUUUUAAAUACAUUUUUGAGCUUGAAAAAUGUUUAAACAUUUUCGGGUGCCUAAUUUGGACCUUCAAUUUAGCCAGUGUGCGGGUGAUGAACAAACACUCGGUGCUCAAAACUGAAUAACAUUCAAAACUUUGCACAGAACGCUAUAUUUUUCUUAAAUAGAUUUCAACUGGUAAAAAGCAAACUUGUGUCAAAGUUCUUUUUUUAAACAUACGUUUUUCAGUAGAACUUACAGACUGAAAUGCGUCCUGUGCUUUUGUUUUUGUUUGAGUACGGUUUUUGUUUCAUUAAUGCUUAAUUUUAUUCUCAAAAUUUUCUUCAAAUCUUUAAGUUAGGUAUCGAAAAUAAUGUUUAAAGAAAAAAAGGCUCUGAAAAAAUAACUUCCAUUGCUUUCAUUUUUAGUUUCGAAAACUUUAGUCAAGAUGGUAGCUCGGGAAACCGAAAUCUUUUACCGUAUGAGAUAGCUAGUCGGUAAUACGACUUAAUUGUGACAAAUAAAGCUAUAAACCUUAAGCAGAGUAAGAUAAAGAUAUGUAAAUAGGCACAAUUUAACUAUAAGCACAAAAGGCUUUUGGAAAGAAACUCUUACAUUGUCAGACAUUUUGUAACCAGAUAUCUUGUUUGUUGUUUUUCUUUUUUUCCCAAAUGAACUCAAUUUAAAAAAAGUCGAUAAACUAUAUACAGAUAAUCCAGGUUUUUCUUAGUUUUAUGGAAAAUUUUAAAGUAGAAUAGAAGAUGUACAUGAAAAAAUGAUUAAUUAAAAUAUAUCUUAACUGUAA